CCAAUUCUUUUUCUGACAAGUUUCUUCUACUUCUCUCCCAAAAAGUCUUCUCCUUUCAAAGUCUAAAAAUACUCUCUAGAGUCUCUUUCUCUAUGUACCAAGUAAUUAGAAAAAGGAUUUGGAGAAAGAGAGAGACAGAAUUUGUAUAAUUAAUUAAUCAAAAUAUUAUACAAAAUUCCUGGAAUUGUACUUACUAGGAGAAGAGAGAAUGAAGAAGAAGAUAACUUUACCUGCAAAUUUGGUAAAGGCAGCAGAAUAAUUGAGUAUAAUUACUUCAACUUCAUUUUCCCCUCAUGCCCCAAUUCUCUCAAAAUCAAAACCCAUUGUUUUUUUUUUUUUGACCAAUGAACAAAAGUCAGAUAAGUUUCUUUCUCUUUUCUUUAGAUCUUAAAUUUUUUUAGGGUUCAGAUGAAACGUGAUUUAAAUCCUAAUUCCAAUUUGUUGUUUUUAUUGUUGUUGUUGUUGUUGAUUAAAGUUUUUCUUUCUUUUGAUGAUUUAGAGAUCUAAUUUUUACUUAAUUUCUUGUUUAAAGUUUGGGUUUUUAAUUACCCCCUUUCUAAUACUGAAAUUGUUAUUAUUCGAACAAUUUGGGUAUUGGUUAGGGUUUUAUAAAUUGGGGGUGUUUUUAUCUGUUAGUUGUUUGCUGGUAGGUGAAUUCUAGAGAGGUGCUGAUUAUUGUUAUGUGUUUUUCUGAAUUUACUGUAAAUAGUUAGGGUUGGCGUUUGUUUUAUUGACUUGCUACUCCUUGAAAGAUAUUUUCUACUUCUCUCAGGAGAGAUUUCUGCUUUGUUUUUUCUUUUAACUUUAACACAGUUAACAUAUAUACUGGAUCACUAAAAAAAAUUGCUUCCUUUUUUAAAAACUGAAAAAAAAAAAAAACGCCCACCAAUUUUUAUUGUGGGUUUUAAGAUUUGGGUCUUUACUGUUCAACAAUUGAUAAUUUUACAACAAUUAUUGGAUAAUUGAUAGUUUUCAGCUUCUUUUGUUCAACCUCCUUUGAACAAUUAAUAUACGUUUAGUGAAGAUACUAGAAUUAGGAGAAACAACACAUAAUAGUCAGAAGAAGGGGAAAUUCUUGUGUUAUGAUUGGGAGGAGUUCUUUCUAUGGGAAUACCAGAUAGAUCACUUUUGGAUUUUAUUGAGAAAGUUAGAUCUUGGGUUCCUUGGGGAGUCAGCGACAUAUCCGGUGUAUCGCAGGAAUUUUGUGUACCCUUACCGGACAGCUGCAUGAUGUGUUUGGAGUGUAAAACUCGUGUUACAGAAUUCAGCUUUAAGUUCCGCUGUAAUCGUUGUGGUCGGGUAAUGUGUGGGAAUUGCCUUCAAGAGAAAAGCACUUUUUUCGGUGCAUCAGAUGGGUUGAGAAGCAGUGUGGAGGUUGAGGAAAAUAUCUGCAAGUUUUGUUUACAGGAUGGAGAUGGACAUGAUGACAUGGGAGAUUUCAGCGAGUCGAUUGAUCCUUCUUCACCUCGGCAGAGCCCAGAACGUGAGUUCCAAAGUUAUGAUAGAGAUAAGAGCAAUAACUAUGAUAGUGCAAAGCCUUAUCAGAGUGAUCAUCUUGCCCGUUUUCUUGAAGCGCAAUAUCAUGGUUCUUCACCCCACGCGAUGGGUAGCAGCAGUUCAUCAGCAGAUCAUUUGUCGCCAAUUUCUUUUCGUCACUCUUCCAGCAGGAGCGACGAAGAAGAUGCAGAGGAUUCCCGGAAACAUUAUUUCAGUCCGUCAAGUGAAUUCUCUCAUGAUAUUUCUGAUAUAGAUUCCAGUAGUAUUAGUGUUAGGAACGAUUUCUGCAGUUGUAAGUCACUUAGUUCAAGUCCUCUAGACAGCCCCUGUGGAGUGACUACAACUCCCACUAGAGCUGGUUACUUGGUUCAGGGUGGGAGCCCAAAUUCUAUGAAAGAUGUUCAUUAUUUUCGCAAAGAAAUGAAGGCCACUGUAAGAAGACCCCAGGUGGAGCACGAGGAACUAGAAAACGGUGAUGAGUGCUCUGCUGUUAUCUCAGUAACUUCAGACCAGAAUGAAAAGUUAUCACAGCCGUUGGAUUUUGAAAACAAUGGUCUUAUUUGGUUUCCACCACCACCCGAUGAGGAAGAGGAUGGUGACUUCUUCAAAUAUGAGGAUGACGAUGAGGAUAUUGGAGAAUCAGGCAUGAUGUUCUCGACUAGUAGCCUCAACCUUGAUGCAAUGUUAGUUGAAGAUAAAUCUGUUGAGGAACACAAAGAGCCCCUUAGAGAUGUGGUGCAUGGGCAUUUCAGGGCUCUUGUGUCACAGUUAUUGCAGGGAGAGGGUAUUUCAGCGGGUAAUGAGAGUGGUGGAGAAGACUGGCUUGACAUAGUCGCUUCACUUGCUUGGCAAGCUGCAAAUUCUGUCAGACCUGAUACCAGCAUAGGAGGAAGUAUGGAUCCCGGUGACUAUGUAAAGGUUAAAUGUAUAGUUUCAGGAAGUCCAAUUGAGAGCACCCUUGUUAAGGGAGUAGUUUGUACAAAAAAUAUAAAGCACAAGCGCAUGACAUCACAAUACAGAAAUCCCAGACUGCUGCUUUUGGGAGGAUCUAUUGAAUACCAGAGAUCUGCAAAUCAAUUGGCAUCUUUUGAUAAUUUGCUCCAACAGGAAAUUGAUCAUCUCAAGACAGUUGUUUCAAAGAUAGAGGCUCAUCGCCCAAAUGUUCUGCUGGUGGAAAAAAGUGUAUCUUCAUAUGCCCAAGAGUAUCUGCUAGAAAAAGAAAUAUCUUUAGUGUUAAAUGUUAAAAGGCAUCUUUUAGAGCGCAUAGCAAGGUGCACUGGUGCACAUAUUGUUCCGUCCACGGAUAAUCUUUCUGCAGUGCGGUUAGGACAUUGUGAAGUCUUUCGACUAGAAAGAGUCCUUGAAGAUUGUCCUGCUGCCAAUCAGCUGAACAAGAAAUCAGCUAAAACUCUGAUGUUUUUCGAAGGUUGUCCUAGGCGUCUAGGUUGCACGGUACUUCUGAGGGGCGCAUCACGGGAAGUGCUUAAGAAGGUUAAACAUGUAGUUCAAUUUGCAGUAUUCGCAGCUUAUCAUUUAUCCCUAGAAACCUCCUUCCUCGCGGAUGAGGGUGCUACCUUGCCUAAAAACCACAUGAAACCUCCAGCAGCUAUCCCCGAAAAGCUGAUGAUCACUGACGGUGCUAUUUCAGUUAUCUCUAAUUCCGCCGUUCCUUCUGUUUGCUUAACAGUAGCAUGUCAACCUGAAGCUUUGGGUGACUGCGACACUUCUAGUAUUCCAGCUUUUCAUCUGACAUCAGAUGAAAAGCAGAAUGAUCAAACCACAAGCCUCAUUUUAGAAAAUCAAGAAAGGGAACCGUCUGGUGGUAAUUUCAGUUCUGAAGAUGUAAGCGUUUCAUAUCCUGGCGUUAUUGAAGCUGGGAUUGGAAGUGAAUGGUCUGAUGCAUAUGAUGCUAAUUCAGUUUCAAAUGUGUCUCCGCUAUCAUAUGAGCAGCAGCAAUGGAAGGAGAGGCGGUUCUCUGCAAUUUCUUCUGAACAUCUGUUACCGAGCUCUGUCCAAGAAGAAGGAAGCACAUUUGAAAAUGUUUUGCAAUCUACUGAAGUUACUGAGCUGGCAAGUACUACCGAUAGGGUUGAUUGGAGUGAUGUCUCAAGCGAAUACUUUUCAACUGCCGACAACAACCAAAGCAUAUUGGUUUCCUUGUCGAGCCGGUGUGUACUGAAAGGGACAGUAUGUGAACCGCCUACGCUUAAGCGCAUACGGUUUUACGGAAGUACCGAUAAGCCACUUGGAAGGUAUCUGCGAGAUGACUUGUUUGAUAAGGCAUCUUGCUGUUGGUCCUGUAAAGAGCCAAAGUAUUCCCAUGUUCUAUGCUAUACCCACCAACAAGGGAAUCUGACUAUAAAUGUCAAACGUCUACCAUCACUGAACUUACCUGGGGAGCGUGAUGGGAAGAUAUGGAUGUGGCACCGAUGUUUGAGAUGUGCACAGAAGGAUGGGGUUCCACCUGCAACGAGGAGAGUGGUUAUGUCCGAUGCUGCUUGGGGACUUUCUUUUGGAAAGUUCUUGGAGCUUAGUUUUUCCAAUCACGCCACUGCUAAUCGAGUUGCAAACUGUGGUCAUUCCCUACAGAGAGACUGCCUCCGUUUCUAUGGGUUCGGGAGCAUGGUUGCUUUCUUUCAUUAUUCAUCUAUUGAUAUUGUUUCUGUUCGCUUGCCUCCUGCAAUGCUGGAAUUCGAUGGCCAUGGUCAACUGGAAUGGGUCAAAAAGGAAGCAGCUGAGCUUGCCAAAAAAAUGGAAGUCCUGUAUGCAGAGGUGUUUGAUGUACUUCACAAAAUUGAACAAGAAGGCACAUCUGCAGGGCACCAACGUUCUGAUGGAGGUGAAUUUUAUGAUCACAUUGCUGAUUUGAAGGCUUUGCUGAAAAGGGAGAGAAAUGCCUAUGAAGAUUUGCUACAACCACUUGACAAUGAGGAUUCAGAACCUUGUCAGACAUUAGACGUUCUAGAGCUUAAUCGUUUGAGGCGCUGCCUCUUAAUCGAUUCUUACUUUUGGGAUCGUAGACUGUAUGCAUUAGAUUCCCAUGUCAGAACAGAUGGUUCUCUUCACAUGUUCGAUUCGUGUAAGCUGGAUUCCACAACUUACAUCCAGUUGAAAGAAUGGAGAAAUGAGUCAUUUUCUAGGGAUAGCAAGCUAGGUGGUUCUUCCGAAGAAAGUAUGUCGAUAUGUUUGACGUCAUUGAAUAGUCCCAAGCAUAACCUAAACCAAGAGGCGAAGAUAAAUUCACAAUCUUUUGAUCCAAUAUCAAAAGAAUUGACCAUGGACCAGAAGAUAUGCAAGUCAGAUGUGGGCAGUAGCAAUGAACUUGUUGACUUGAUUGUUGACCCUCAUAGCAGAAAUGAAGAUUCAUUUGCAGAGCUUACUACCUCUUUGGAUAAGACACCCUCAGAAUGCCUCCAAUCACCCAUGCUGUUAUCUAGCCUUUCUGAUAAAAUAGAUUCAGCAUGGACAGGUACAGGUCAUCAACCUUCGCAGGAUUCACAACCAAAUGGUACCCAUGUUGAGUCAGUGGGGACAUUUACUCGGAUUGAGAAUCCAUCUCUUAGACGGCUCAUGGCUCCAGCAAGAGUUUAUUCCUUUGAUUCUGCAGUUAGACUCCAAGAGAAGUUUAGCAGAGGAUUGUCCCCAAGGUCUUUGCAUUUGUCUUCACUCAGAUCCUUCCAUGCUUCUGGAGAUUAUGUCAGUAUGGUUAGAGACCCAAUUCCGAAUAUGCUGAGAACCUUCUCUCAGACCUUUCCAAGUGAGAUGCAGAAAAGCGAAACUCAAAAAUUGAAGUUUAUCUUUAAAUCAGUACCCUCGUUUACCUCUUCUGCAUUUCAAGUGGUUGGUGAAGGGGUUCGUUUGCUACUUCCACAAACAGGUCAUAAUAAUAUUGUUAUUCCUGUUUAUGAUAACGAGCCCACAAGUGUGAUAUCAUAUGCCCUAGGUUCAAAGGAGUAUGAAGAUUGGAUUGCUAAUAACUCAGGUGACCACGGCAGAGCCAGGGGGAGAAGUGAUGGCCAUAGUUUUGGAGAAAAACUUAGCAAACUAUCAAGCUUUAACUCUGCCUGGCAGCUGGCAAACUCUAUGGACUCGGAUGAUAUUCUCUGUAGACAUUACGCCUCUGAAGAUGCUUCUUCAACUAUAGGCGGCAUUUUUUCAGAUCCCAAAAGAUCUCCUCAUGCAAGAAUUUCUUUUGGGGAUGAAUCCUCAUCUUUCGCAGACAAAGCAAAAUUCUCUGUGAUUUGUUAUUUUGCUAGUCAGUUUGAUGCUCUUCGGAAAAACUGUUGCCCUAGUGAAGUGGAUUUUAUCCGUUCAUUAAGUCGUGGCAAAACAUGGCAGGCCCAAGGUGGAAAGAGCAAUGUGUAUUUUGCUAAGUCAUUGGAUGACAGAUUCAUCAUAAAGCAAAUCACAAGAACAGAGUUGGAUUCAUUUGAGGAAUUUGCCCCACAAUACUUUAAGUAUAUGAUCGAGUCCCUUAGUUCAGGAAGUCCAACUUGCCUUGCUAAAGUUCUUGGCGUUUAUCAGGUGUCUGUAAAGCAUUUGAAAGGUGGAAGAGAAACCAAAAUAGAUUUGAUGGUGAUGGAGAAUCUCUUCUUCAAGAAAAAUAUUUCACGGGUGUAUGAUCUCAAGGGUUCUGCAAGAUCGCGGUACAAUUCUGAUACAACAGGAAAGGAUAAAGUUCUGCUUGAUCUGAAUUUGUUGGAAACACUUCGGACAAACCCCAUAUUUCUUGGUAGCAAAGCGAAGAGAACCCUGGAAAGAGCAGUUUGGAAUGAUACAUCUUUUCUGGCGUCAGUCGAUGUUAUGGAUUAUUCCUUGCUGGUUGGAGUGGAUGAAGACAACAACGAGCUGGUGUUGGGGAUCAUCGAUUUUAUGCGGCAGUACACAUGGGAUAAACAUUUGGAAACUUGGGUGAAGGCUUCUGGUAUUCUUGGUGGUCCGAAAAAUGCAGCACCCACGGUUAUUUCACCCAAGCAAUACAAGAAAAGGUUUAGGAAAGCAAUGUCCAGUUAUUUUCUUACUGUACCUGAUAAAUGGACCUCAUGAGUUGGCCCCCAAAAGGAGGACCAUGAGUUUUUUGUUUUUUUUCAUUUUAAGCCGUCCUAGUCCACAGUGAUGAUUCGAAAGUAACUAUGUAAACAUUGUAAACACUGAUAUCUACCUCUUGUAAUCGAUCAAUUUUUUUUUUGAAAAGUUAAAAAAAUUAAAAUAAGAAAAAUGAAAAUUUUAUGU